UUUCACUCAAAGAAAGCGAAAAAAAAACAGUUGCUUGAGGAAUGAAUUUCUGGACAGUCGAUAAUCUAGAGUCUUGAUGGAACUAUUCUGUAAAGUCGUUUCUUUGGGUUAUUACGUUUUUGUUGGUAUACUGUUCCUGUUACAAGGAAAACUGGUAUCCACAGCAUGUAAAGGGAAAGGAUUUCCAGUCGAAUGGACGACAGCAACUCCAGGGGUUACAUACUGGUAUGCGACACCAAUAAUUAAAAGACAAUUCACGGCUGGAUACAGUGUGAUAGAUUACUAUACAACAGAUGGAUUGGCCAUGGGUGCAUCUCCUUCUUGUCUAGAUGAAUAUUAUGACUCAACAACAGGAUACUAUUACUAUCUGAUGUACUAUGGCGAUGAGAAUGUUUACAGUUUGGAGAAGGACAUUGAAAUAUGUCAUGGCUACAAACAGUUCGACAAUGUAAUCAGGGAAUUCUACCACGAGUUUUCAAUUAGCGGCACUAUAACCAGUGCGCAGGAUUGUGUUGGGCUAUUUACUGCAGGCUCUACCAGUAUAGCUCUUUCAAAAUACAACUUUCAGUAUGCAAACUGCCCGUUUGAUUUCACUACCUAUGACUUCACCUUCAGUGAUAAAGGAAAUCCCGACUACUGUGCUGGUAAAACUUCUGAAGCCUAUAUUGAGAAUGAAGUCAUCGCUUUGAAGAGUUGUUAUGAUCCUCUGAAUAUAACAUCAGCUGCUCCUUAUUAUGGGCCAUUUUCAUGCCUUGGUAGUUGGCCAGCAGAUAAAAAGGACACAACUUCUUUUGGUGAUUUUAUAGUUAUCGAGAUGUAUGAUGAGGCAAAGUGGCCAUAUUGUGGGAGAUAUAAAGUUGAUAAAAAUGGCGUCAUUACAAUUUCUAUUUACCUGUCAAUGAGUCAAGGUGACUGGUUCCCUGUUAUGUGUAUUGCGUCGGUUGAUAACGAGUUCAUGUACGAUGACGGAACCCAGAAGUUUGUGAGAAUGGUGUUUACUCCUCCUUAUUCAUCAACUAUAAAGAAAACAACACAAGCUGAUCCGACAAUAAUAACUUCAGAACCGGCAAUAACAACAUCCGAAAUUACGACAUCUACUGAACCGACAACUACCGAAUCGAAAACUACUGAACCAACAACUACCGAAUCGACAACUACGGAACCGACAACUAUUGAACCGACAACUACCGAACCGACAACUACCGAACAGACAACUACUGAACAUACAACUACUGAACCGACAACUACUGAACCAACAACUACCGAAUCGACAACUACGGAACCGACAACUAUUGAACCGACAACUACCGAACCGACAACUACGGAACCGACAACUACCGAACAGACAACUACUGAACAUACAACUACUGAACCGACAACUACUGAACCGACAACUACCGAACAGUCAACUACUGAACCGACAACUACCGAACCGAUAAUUACCGUACCGACAACUACUGAACCGACAACUACAGUACCGACAACUACAACAACUGAACCGACAACUUCAACAACUCUAACAACAUCUGUCACUACCGAACCGACACCUAUAACUACCGAACCGACUACUACAAUUAUCGUGUUGACAACUACAACAACUGAUCUGACAACUACAAUAACUGAUCCGACAACUACAACAACUGUUCCGACAACUACAACAACUGUUCCGACAACUACAACAGGUGAAUCGACAACUACAACAACUGAUCCGACAACUACAACUGAUCCGACAACUACAACAACUGUUUCGACAAUCACAACGACUGUUCUGACAACUACAUCAACUGAACCGACAACUACAACAACUGUUCCAACAACUACAACAGCUGAUCCGACAACUACAACAACUGUUCCGACAACUACAACGACUGUUCCGACAACUACAACAACUGAUCCGACAACUACAACAACUGAUCCGACAACUACAACAACUGCUCCGACAACUACAACCGCUGAUCCGAUAACUACAACAACAACUGAACUAAAUAUAGCAACGGUUGGAUCAACUAAUACCUCAAAUAACAUCAUGACAUCUAAAUCAUCAAAGUCUGAAAUAUGGAAUAGCAUACGUGAUUUAUACUGGCCAUGGUGGAUCCUUGUCGGGGUUUCAAUUCUUCUGCUAGCUUUAUUGACCUGUUGUUUAAUUUAUGCUGCAAAGAAACGAAAACGUGCAGUAGAUGACCAUGAAAAAGGAAAACCUAUGAGCGACAGGAGUCAGGCAAAUUUGCAACAAACUGCAAAAACCAGUGGAACCAGUUUAAAUAAAGACACCACCAAAGCAACACAACGUGCAAGAAAGAUUACAGUCAAACCUUUUUUUCCACCCAAAAAAUGGAAUAAUUUUUAGAUUAUAUGAUAAACUUCUAAUAACAUUGAAUCGAUUAAUUGUAAAAGUAGCUUUCUGAUUUUUAUACGAGUAUGGUUUUUUUUUUAUAAUUUUGUAUUUUGGCAUGAGCUCAAGUGAUGUUACCUUCAAUUUGGUUGCAUGCCAAAUUCUAUAAGAAAGGACCAAACUCAGCAAUCGUUAAACGUAAAAUUUUGGAAAAGUUCGGAGAGCCGAUAAGAUUGCUUCGGAAGUUGGUUGGUCUGCUUCAUUUCUAUGAGCACUGAAACAUUAUUAUUUUAUCAUAACGUCAUUAUUUAAACGAAAGAAGCAAUAUAAGCACGAGCGCUUUAGCGCCUAAACAGUGUUCACAGUAACAGUAGAAUGAUUAAAGGAAACAGAGAAAAUUAAGGAAAGAAUAAAGGAUUAUUACUAGUACAGUCCGCAGAUUUAAAGAGUUAUGUUGUUUUUGUUUUUUCAUUUUUGUUUUUUUAUUGGUUGUCUAUUAUUGAGAAUAUAGCAUGUGUGGUUCUUAGUUGAACUGCAACCUCACUUUUGGCUUUUCAAAAUUAAACGGCAAAAUUGACCGAUGAAAAGUUUUGACGGCGAAGUUGUUCGUUGUAAAUAAAAAUUGUUUGUUGAGUUUUACUUUCAUUUAUAACUUCAUUUUUGUAAAUUCAUUCAUUUCUACAAAUUCACUGGGGAGCAGUCCUAUGUUUUUAUCUGUCAGAUGAAAGUGUACAGUUUUUGUACAGUUGUUGACUUGUGCCGGUGACGGUCAAGUUUUUACACUCAAACAUUUUUCAUGAGUAUGAAAUAGUAAAUAUAGCAAAUAACUCAUACAUUCAAUGGCUUUUUAGAUAUUUCUUAACGUGAAAAUGUCUUGUUAAAUAAUAAUUUAAUUGCACCUGAGCAGCUUACAGUUCAGUCACUGUCAAAACAUUAUUUUGGCAUUAUACCGUCCCGUACAUGUUCUAAAUAAUUUGAUAUACGAGGUGUUCCCUUGUCAUUUUUGUUUUUCUUUUGUAUGGGGACCUAUGGUUGGACCCCCCUUUUUAUAUAACUUGCAUGUGUUGGAACCCCCUUUUAAAAUGGCUGGACCCGCGCCUGUUGUAUCGUUACUUUAAUUGUGAUUCUGUUGUAUCUUUACUCUUCCUACAUGCGUCUUGUGCGAGAAUAUUAUUGUUACCCUUUAAUUUGUAUCUCUGUUUGUUUGUUUUUUUGUUUGUUAUUUUGUUUGUUAUUUUAAUAUUUAUUUGUUGAUCUUUGUUUUGUAUUUAUUCUUAUUGUUUACAUAGGGCUUUUUGUACGAGUUUUCCUUUUUGUAUUCAGUAUUCAUUAAUUGUUAGAUAGGUUUGAUGUUACUAUUCAUUUUUGUUUUCCGAAUUGAUUAGAAUUACGUUUUUUUAUAUGACACGGUUAAUUCAAUAAACCAAGUUAUUGUUGUGA